AUUUUUAUCACUUUUAUCAGCAUAGAUUUGAGAUUAGCAACCCAUUUUACUUAGGGACGUAACAUAACUUUAACCACACAUACUUCUCGUUCAGUGAUUAUUUAUUUAUAUGGCCAAAAAGCCUACAAAACAAAUCAAUUAAAACCAACAUACAAUUCAUUCACACAGAGGUGUUAUUGCUUCACAGACCGGAGGGGAAAUUGUAAAGCAAAUGUUUCGUUAAGGUUACUGACAUAGUAUUAACCUGUGCAGUGUGCAAUCAUGUUAUUCUGGCUUCAACAUAAAUGGUCUGGACUCUGGCUACUUAUAUUUGCCUUUGGUGGUCUCACACUAUUUCUUUAUGGCUUUUUUCCAUUAAAGUAUCAUUCUGGCAAAUUAGCUCAUAUGGAUGAUUUGCCUAAUUUUAUAGAUGGUGUCAGUAUUGAUGGCCAUGAAGUUUACAAUUCUGGUGAAAACAGUGUCAUUCUCAUGGUUAUAGAUGGCUUACGCUAUGACUUUGCAACUGAAGAAUAUAUGCCUUACACUGGCCAGUUAAUUAAAAAUAAAUCAGCAUGCAUUUAUGUCUCUGUUGCUGAACCACCAACUGUCACAAUGCCCAGAAUUAAGGCAAUGAUGACCGGAAGCGUGUCAACUUUUGCGGAUGUUGCUUUGAAUUUUGGCGCGCCGGCUGUCAAAGGAGACAGCAUACUUCGCGUUGCGUCCUCUAGAGGUCGCCACUCCGUAUUAUAUGGGGAUGACACUUGGUUGAGAUUAUUUCCAGGGUUAUGGACAGAAUCGGACGGAACGACGUCAUUUUUUGUCACAGAUUACACAGAGGUGGACAACAAUGUCACCAGACAUUUAGAUACCGUACUUGCCCCUUUAGAAGAUAAAAAACCCAAAUUCGAUUUCUUAGUGCUUCACUAUUUAGGCUUAGAUCAUAUCGGGCACCUAGAGGGCGCCAGGAGUCCAAAAAUUAAACCUAAAUUAAUAGAAAUGGAUGGUAUUGUGAAAAAAAUACACACGGCUAUGCAAACAUGGGACAGAUCAGGGGUACUUAUAAUUUGCGGGGACCACGGAAUGCGGGACGCGGGGGGACACGGAGGGGCUUCGCCCGCCGAAGUGCUGGUCCCUUUAGUCGUGCUGAAGAGCAUGGACUUCCAAUGCCCACAUGAAUUAGGUCCAGGACCCGUAGUGGCACAAGUGGACAUAGCCCCAACGAUAUCUUGGUUACUAAACGCCCCCAUCCCGGGAGACAGUACGGGCAAAUUUCUGCCCUCUCUGCUACCGACUGACAUCAGGCAACACUUGUAUUUACUGCACGUGAACGCUCUUCAUAAUGUCAAGCAAGGCGUUCCUACCGAUACCGAAUAUUAUAAGCAAUUCAAACGCGCCGAAACCCAAUUCGCUCGUUAUCUCUCAACGGGACAGCAAAGUGCCGCACGAAUCGCGAAAGAGUUCUACGACGAAUCCUUAGCCGCCAUGUCCAAGCAAUUGUCGGAAGCAACCACGGACUUUGACGUGUUUGCUUUGGGUUUGGCAGUCGUAUUUUUAUAUUUGAUGUUGACGGCUCUCGCUUGCGUGACUCUGUACUCGCUCCAACCGGAAAACCAACGCAAGAUAAGCGUGACGGACAAACACAAAACUAACUUGGGCACAGUUGUCGCGUUUGCGGUCAUUUUCGCGAUCAUCGCCUCGACCCUGACGUUGACUUGUUUCAUCACCGAAACGAGGAGCCAAUUCUGCUCCUUCAGGCCCGCGUGGUCCGCCGCCUUUUUGGCCUCGGCGGUCGCUCUGACUUUCGCCUACUUCCUCGUGAAGACCGGCUUGGAGAAAAUCCGGGAUCUAUCGACGUUGCGGGAUCUGAAUGCGAUCGAUUUCCUACUGAUACUCGGCACUCUUUUCCAUGCCUGGUCGUUUUUCGGCACGAGUUUCAUAGAGGAGGAGCACAUGACAUGGUACUUCUUUUGGAAUACGCUUAUGUUCUUCGUGUUGGUGCGAACGAUCGUGGUGAUCGUUUUGUACUUCGGCAAGCGGAUGUCGGGGUCCACGGAGGUUCAGGAAAAGCCGGAGUUGGAACACCGAAUGAGCGACGUCGGCGUCGGCAUCGUGCCGAAGUGGGUGUCGUUAAUCGGUUUGCACAGAUAUCUCCGUACAAUGAACCAAACGGGCGACAGGUGGCUCUUUCUUCCGGACACUGCCGACUGGUUGAACGAUCCGGAGAACUCAAUUUAUCUCCAAGCUCAUCUUAUUAUAGGCACCCUCGCGACACUCGCGAUCUGUCUCAGAAACAUCCGCCACAUGAACAACCAUCUGAAGAUACAUUCGGUGCUCACAAUUCUAUCCACGCUUUGUAUAUUUCUGUACCGAAUCAGCGCAGGCUCCUUACGUCUGCCGAACGAAGUUCCGAAAUGGGACGGGGAGCAAGUAGUCCAAGUGUUUUGGUGGCUUUUGGCCGCUCAGACUAUAUUCGAAGUCAUCACUUAUGUCGGUGCGUUUCCGAACGGAAAUAGGUUCGUUUAUAACAAACCCAAAGCGAAAACGGAAGAUUAUUUCUAUGACAACGCGGAAGAACCCUGGAACUUGAACGACGUCAAGUUAAACUUAGCCAGAUCUUUAACUCACAUAAUGUACAAUCAAAUGAUGCUGAUAAUAGUUCUGCUGAUGCGUCCCCACAAUGUUAUCAUGGUGCCUAGCAUCUAUAUCACUUGCCUGCUCACGGCUAAAUGCCUAGACCAUAAGUUGUUGGAUUCGAGACCCGGUAGAAACACGGAGGGCGCCGACACUUUGAGUCUGACUUUGGCGCACAUUUGGAUUGGAGCUGUGUUUUAUUUUUACCAGGGCAACUCCAACAGCCUGGCCUCGGUUGACCUGGGCUCGGGUUACGUGGGUCUGAGUGAAUACAGCCCGAUCCGAGUCGCCGCCCGCAUGGGCCUCCAUGCAUACGCCGGCCCGGCUUUGUCGGGGGCGCAUUUAUUCUGUUCGUUGCCUUAUACAGAUAUUAACAGAUACCGUCAAGCAGUGUGGCGCGUUACAAACAUAAUGGCGUUACACAGAGUGUACCAAGUUGUCAUUUACUGCGUCAUAGCGAUAAUAUUCAGGCAUCAUCUGUUCGUGUGGUCGGUAUUUUCACCUAAAUUGCUAUACGACUUUGUCGCGACAAUAUUCUCCGUUCAGGCGAUGUUGACGAUCGCCGAAAUCGUCUGUUUGACGCACGUAGUUAGUUGGAUUUCUAGGUGCAUCACGUAUAAGAGGAUAACUUAGUUUUUCAAUGGGAUAUAUGUGAAUGUGAAAUAUAUUUUUAUGUGAAUUUAAAACUGAUGUCAAAUAAUGAUCCUGUAAAAUACAAAUUACACGUAUCAUUACCGUUAUUUCUUUCAUCAUACUAUUUUAUGCAUAUAAACGUUUGUAUAUGUGUAUUGUAUAUCCAAUCUAGUCCUAGGACUGCUAAAAUAUAUAAUUAUUUACAUUCUAUAACGCCUGUAAACUAAUAAGCGACACUAUUUCCUCAUACCCAAAAUAUGAUCCUUUGAAAAGUAAAUACGGAUGUUUUAAAUGAAAUUUUUAGCUCAUAAAAGAAGUGAGUGAGUGAAGUAAUAAACAUUCCGAGGCUAGUGUUAUUUUAUUUUGUACGAGUAUUGUAUGUUUAUCCUUGACACCAAAUGCUUACAUUAAUAUUCCGUAAACGAAUAUUAAUUUUGUGUUUCAUUAAGCCUUGUUUUAUAUUAAUAAAACAUUUCUGUGAUAUAUCGUAUUGAACAAUUAUUCCACGAUUAUUUGAAUAGGAUGUACAAAUGUUGCAGACAAAAUCUAAAAAUGAAUUCCUAGUCGUUUCAUGAUUUGUAUUUUAUUUGUAUACGACUUGUGGUGCACUGUGUAAUAGGUAAGAUGGAAUUUGACUUUCGGAAUUCAGAACUAGUUAGAUACGUCUUCAUACUAUACGUAUACUUUAUUAUAUCUGAAAGUCGUAAAAUAACCACUGAGUACUUGAAGAUCGACGAAAUUCCAUCUCACUUGUGCAAUAGGGUUCAGUGAAUUAUCGUUUCACAAAUGUUUAAAAAACUUUGUGUACAAUUGCAAGUAUGAAGCUUAUAAUUUUCCUAUUUUUGUUACUAUAUGUAUGUGUGCCAUUAUGUAAUAAACAUUUGUACCUA